CAGCUUACAGACCUACCUGAGUACUGGCUGAAUUUUGCUUUCAUGCUGUGAAUUAAGCUGCAAAGCACCAAAGUAGAAAGUAGCAAGGAAAUCACAACAGGGCUAUGGGUUUUCUAGUGUUAACCUUGAUCCCGUGGUCAAUACUUGAACAGUUUUGGCCACAGUGAUCACCCAGACGCUUCCACAGUGAAUGGAGGAGGCAACCAUGAGGCACAGCACUGAGCACUGGUAUUAAUAAGUAGAAACUGGGGACACCUGAGUGUCUAAAAUGCUUGUUUUUGUUUGCUUGCUUGCUUGUUGUUUUUUGUUUUGUUUUGUUUUGUUUUUCUUUUUUCUUCCCUGCACAUCAUCCAGAUCUUUAUACACUGAAGCAAACAGCAGUUCUCUGUCAUAUGGGGUAGGUGGGGAAAGCAGCAGGAGCAGCUGUCUGCACCCCAGAGGCCAGAAGGGGAAAGCAGGAUGGAGGACAGGUGGAGACACCACCACCCAACAGCUGAAAAUCCCCAGAAACGCAAGUGCUGUCUAUGCAAUGAGGCCAUCAGGAUGGUGGAGUGGGGGGACCCGUUUUGGAGAGCCCGCAGCAGCCAUGCUGCGGACAACGUGAAGGUCAACCCUGUAGCUGUCCCCCAAGUGUGCCAAGUUCCAACUACAUGUGUCUUCCUCCCCAGGCUCCAGCAGGCAGCUGCCCCCUGACCUGGUCUGCCGGUCUGCCUGCCUCCUCUAGCCUUCCCCCCUGGCAGGAGGCAGCCCUGACAGCACACACUACCCGCCGGGCCAUCCCCUCAGGCUACCUGCCGCCAUCUUCCCCGGUGGCCCUAGGCCGCCAUCUUCCUUCGGGCACCAGGGAGCUCGGGGCAGCCAACGUGUUAUGCAAAUCUGCCAUCUGCUGGUGUUACACCGAUGUUAAACGUGUUAAACGGAUGCUUAGAAGAGCCGGCCUGAGCAAAUUAGAGGUAACAAUGUUGAGAUGGAAGCAUUUUUCACAACCCUUCCUCAUUUUUAACCUGAAGUGAUGCUGUAGCUCUGGGACAGAAAGGAAGUGUAUUGAUCAUAUUUCCGCAUUUCUGUUGGAGCUCUUCUCCACAACCCUUUAGCUGCAGAUCUCAGACAAGCCAAUUCUUUCAGCAAACCCCAAAGAAGAAUGGAGACCAUGUUUUCAGAAUAGCAGGCAGCAGUAACAAACACUGAUGCCAGUUCUCACAAGAGACAAGGAAGAUGACAAUCAUGAGGUAAUGACAUCAUGAGGACUUAAAUGCAGAAGCAGCAGUGUGCUUCCCAAAUAUCUGGCAUAGAUUGUUAAGUCAGAUAAUCAACAACCAUUCAUUUCCAUCCAUCUUUAAUUCAGGAUUCCUAGACCAGCUUCUUGUUCUUGGCCACUUUCCAGGAAUUCUGAACUUUGUGACAGACAAGUAGCUAUAAAGGUGAUGUUAGUGGGGGGAUGGCAUGAUUUAGACAACAAAGACUAUGACUGUUGGCCCCUGGAAAAACCAGAUGAGUAUAACAUGCUGGACUGCGGAGGUCUGGAGAUGGCAUGGGUGAAAAGGCCUCCAGAAAAGGCUGUGAGUGGGGAAUUCUUCAAUGUGACCUAUGCAGUCUUUGCUUCAGAUGGCUUUUAUCAAUAUGCAGUGCAAAAUGGAAUCCUUUCUCACAGCAAUGCUACUGCUGCAAGGGAAUUCUGUGAGGAGCAUGAGUGCCCUGCCAGCUGGAAAGAUGCAAAUAGCGAGAACUGCUGUGUCCACCAUGCCAACAUUCACUCCUGUCCUUUGGCCUUCAUGGGUAGAGGAGGAAUAUGUGGUCCGUGGAUUCCCGAUGAUGGCCAGAUAUUUACUCACACUUUAUCUACAGCUGGCAAAAUGAGCCAAAGAAACUGGACUGCCAAGGUUGUUUUGGUUCAUGUGGGUGUGACUUCUCUCAUCGCACACAUCAGAGUUGGGAGAAUGCAAGUUGCUCUGGAAGCAAAAACCACAGUCCUUCCUGCAGUAGUUUGUGGAGAUGGCUUUUGUGAGGAAGAAGAAGGCUGCUCUAUUUGUCCAGCAGAUUGUGGGGAAUGCCCGCUAUCAGCUGAUGCUAGGAUAGCAAUCGCCUUACCAGUAGGUUUAGUCUGCACUGCCUUCAUUAUGACAGUCCUGUGGUUUCAAUAUCAGAAACAAAAGUUGUUUUGGGAUGAGAGCUGGAUUAUAGACUUCAAAUGCAUCAAACAAGAUUCCAUAGCAGGGGCAGCAACAGGAAGCAUGAUGAGUGCUCCCCCAGCACCUAGUGAAUCCAAUACCAGCUCUAUCACUGCUUUGAGCUCCUGCACAGCAGCUGCUAAUGCGUCCAAGAAACAGUACUUCACCCAGACUGGGAGAUAUGAUGGUAGAACAGUGGCCAUAAAGAAAAUAAUGAAGAAGGCAUUCACCCUGACCAAAUCCAUACGUAAGGAAGUAAAGCAAGUAAGGGAACUUGACCAUCCCAAUCUCUGCAAAUUCAUUGGUGGUUGUAUAGAAGUGCCCAAUGUUGCCAUAGUGACAGAAUACUGCCCCAAAGGCAGCCUAAGUGAUGUUCUGCUCAAUGAAGACAUCCCAUUGAACUGGGGAUUCAGGUUUUCUUUUGCUACUGACAUUGCCCAAGGAAUGGCCUAUCUUCACCACCACAAAAUUUAUCAUGGACGGUUGAAGUCUAAUAACUGUGUGAUAGAUGACAGAUGGGUUUGUAAAAUUGCAGAUUAUGGUUUGCAGUCAUACAGAAGAGAAGAUUCUCCUGAAGGGGCGAGCUCAUACCAGCAGCAUUUUAUACAGGUUUACGUAGCUCCUGAAAUCCAUUCCCUUUCAGACUUUGAACCCAAUUCUAUGACAGACGUCUACAGUUAUGCCAUCAUUUUACUAGAAAUUGCCACAAGAAGUGACCCUAUGCCAAAAGAUGAUGUGCAUUCAGCUGAAUAUUCUUGGUGUCCACCUUUGGCAGAAUUAAUUUCAGGGAAGGCUGAGAAUUCUUGCCCGUGUCCCACAGAUUACAUAGAGCUAAUCAGAAAGUGCAGAAAAAAUAAUCCAGUCCAAAGGCCUACGUUUGAACAAGUCAAGAAAAUGUUAUACAAGAUGAAUCCUAAUAAAGUUAGCCCUGUUGACAUGAUGAUGACUCUGAUGGAGAAAUAUAGUAAACACCUGGAGAUACUGGUUUCUGAGAGAACUCAGGAUUUAAUGCAUGAAAAACAGAAGACUGAUCGUCUGUUGUACAGUAUGUUGCCAAAGCAAGUAGCAGAUGAUCUCAGGCAGGGGAAACGUGCACAAGCUCAAAGUUACUUAAGUGCCACCAUCUUUUUCAGUGACAUAGUUGGCUUCACUCAGCUUUCCAGCAGCAGCACACCUUACCAAGUGGUAGAUCUCUUGAACAAGCUUUAUACAGCUUUUGAUGAAAUCAUAGAUAACUAUGAUGUCUAUAAGGUGGAGACAAUAGGAGAUGCCUAUAUGGUAGUGUCGGGAGUACCCAGAGAGAAUGGGAUCCUUCAUGCCGGUGAGAUCGCAAGCAUGGCUUUAGACCUUGUGGCCGUCUGCAAGACGUUUAAGAUCCCACACAAGCCCAACACCCUCCUAAAGAUAAGAGCAGGAAUACAUUCAGGGGCAGUUGUAGCUGGGGUUGUUGGGACCAAAAUGCCACGGUAUUGUUUAUUUGGAGAUACCGUGAACACAGCUUCCAGGAUGGAAUCUACCAGUGAAGCUCUUAAAAUACAGUGCAGUUCAAGUGCAUACCAGCUGUUGGAGCAGAUUGGAGAGUAUGUGUUAGUAUGCCGUGGGAAUUUACAAGUCAAGGGGAAAGGAGACAUGGUAACUUACUGGCUUGAAGGUAAGAAAACCUCUGCCACCCAGAAGGAAGUCCCCAGCCCAUCUGUGACUCUUCAAGAUCCCAACAGAACUUCGUUUAGUUUGAUACCAGGUGUCUUUCAGGGUGAUCCUCUCUCAAGUCCUGCUUACUAGCCACUGACUGACUUCAACAUCCAUACGACUUUCAGCCUGUUAGAUGACCCAGCUGAUUUAGAAAGCAAGAAAAUAGAUAGCAUGUCCCUUCCUUUGGCCUUGUGGUUGUAUUAGCCUAGAUUUUAUUCACUGGUAUUCCUCUUCUACCAGUGGCAAGAUAAAAAAAAAAUAUAACAAACAAAAACAAACAAACAAAAAACCUGGGCGUUACUGGGUAAUGGCCAGUAGCCACCAUCGCCUCACAGCCGGUCGGCUGGACAUUCAAGCCUGUAGCUGCUCUGACAGUAAAGAAAUAGACAGAGUAGUGUUACUGUUUAGUAGUAUGAUAAACCUUGUGGGUGUGAUUGGUUUUGUGGUGAGAAAGGAAAAACAUGACAUGUAGAUUGUGAUAGAAAACAAGGCCCAGUCAAAGAGGGAAUGAAGCAGUGCAAUUGUAGUCAAUACAAGCCCAAAUGAGAAUUUGGAUUCCUGCUUCAGUUUCAUCUCCAUUGCCAGGAGCAUAAAAAGAAUAAGAAGAAAGUCUGGGAUAGUUCCAUAGAUUCGACACUCAGUAAUACCUUCCAUGUUUGUCCAGAGAUCUGAAAACCUUAGGACAGCAAUGGAAAGCAUUUCAAGCUGUUACACAGAGGAGAGUCCAUUACAGCUGCCCUUGUCUUCAGCUGCUCUGGGACCUCUCUGAAAAACUACACUUAACAUUAGCUUGUAUUAUGUGGUUGCUUUGACUAAAGUGGCUGUGAACCCCCUAUUGCUGGCUAGUUAUCUGACUGUGAAACCAGGCAGAUCUCUGAGUCACUGUGUAAUUUAGGACACGGUUUAGAAAAGGUCAUUCCUGAACAAGCAUUUCCUGUAAAGAGAGAUGCAUUACUACAAGUGGAGUAAUCUGUUGAUGAACAUGGUCUGUAAGCAUUGCUGGUAUUGACUUUCUUUAAAGACAAAGUGUAUGUAUGGUAAAACCUGCCUGUACUUUUUAGGGUUCAAUUUAUGUCAGUAAAUUACUUUCCAAGGCUAACAUAUUUUUGAAGAGUUUGGGCAGUCCAGGUGAACUGAUUAAAAGUGCAACAGAAUUAGAUAUGUAAAAUAGUUGAAGAAAGCAUAGAGUCACAGCAGUUCCACCAUAACGCCAUCUGGGCUGGCCAAACAUGAUUGGGAGGAGGCGAAAAGGAAGGACUGUAAGUGACAUAGCAGCAUUUACUCUCCUUUUUCUGCUUCCUUACCCUCCAGUCCAUUCCUGAUCCUACGUACAUUUACAAAAACAUACAUAUAAAAGCAGUUUUUCUGUCUGUAAAUUUGUGUAGCUCAAACAAGCAGCUGACUAGUUGCCCAUGUUCCCAUGAAGUCAGCAUAGUUUUAAUGCUGAAUAUUUGGUAUGUGAUAGUAAGAAGAGAUUGACAUUACAGUUUCUUCUUCAGCUUCUAUGGGAAGUAAAUGCAGCAAUAGCGUUAGAUUGUUCCGAGAUGCUUAAUGGAAGUAGAAACCUAAAUCCUUCCAUGUUACAGAAGACUUAUUUGAAAUAAUAAUUAAAAAAAAAUAAAAAUAGAACAUACUGAGUGAAAUUCUGUCUCAGAAAUCUGUGGGAAUACUGGCAAUAUUGGCAAGGAACAUGCAUAGAGCUAUCUUAGCACAUGAGAUCCCAACAUGGAACCUGUCCUAAUUUUUAAAAAGUUGAAUUUUAAAUUAAUUUCGUAUUUUUUUAUAAACUUGAAAAGUUCCUUUCUCUAUUUUUGAAUUUCAUAUUAGUACCUGGUGCAGUACAGUUAUCGUAUUUGAAAUCUUAGCAAAAUAAACCUUUCAGUUGUCCAGAGUAUAGCGCUGACCUUUAAUAAAAACUUUUCCCUUAUCCCAAUGCUACAUAGAUAUUUUGAAACUCUCUGCCAUAUUAUAGUACUGCAUGGUGUAUAAUGUAGUUUACAUUAUCCCUUUAAUGAGUUAGCAUGCUUUCUGUUCUUACUAGAAAGGUGCAUACCAAAGGAUCUUUUAUCAAAUAUGAAUGUGAAAGCAUGUGCUUUGUUAUAUGUUCUUCUGGAGAAGCAUUGCAGUUUUAACUCACCUGCUUUAUUUUAAUGUUCUCAAAAUUAAAAGCUUAGAAUCGAAUGUGUUCUGAGUCUAAAGUUUUCUAGAUAUAAAUGAAUGCUGAGUGACCAUUAGCGAUCUUGUUGGAUGGUCAGCCUCCACCACGGAUAUCCUUGGGUAGUGUUCAAAUUCUGCUGAUGAUAAUGGACAGACUCCUGUUGACUUCAAGCGGCUUGAAGUCUGUAUGGCUAUUUGCAAAAGAGGUACAGCUCAGGGAGCACCAGUGCCAUCCUAACUCUCAGUUUUUUCACUGUCUCUUGAUCCUCUCCUUGAAGAGAGUAUCUCCAGAAUGAGAACCAGAUUAUUUUCUAAGUUCUGUUGAAUCUGUGGUAUCUCUCCUGAGACUUCAAACAGUAGUCCUCAUUAAUGUCAGUUGUCGUCUGACUGUGAUACAACUGUUCAUUUUCCCGAAUACAGAAGUAAUGAAAGUUACGGAUACAAACUGAAGUGUCCUCAGCCAACUGGCAAGUAUGUAAGAUUUAACUCAAGACUUUUGAAAGCUGUUGUCGAUGCCUACAGCCGUAUUUCAUUUCCACCUACCAAAACAACAGGCAAGUUACAGGGACGUGCACUACAGAGUUACACAGAUUUUAUCAGGCAUUAGAUAAAAUGCAGCAAUCUUCAGAGGUUGUACUACACAACUAGCUCAGCAAAGGUGGUUGCAGCAUAAAGCCUGUGAGAUGUGCCCUGCUUUUACCUUCUGGGGAUGACAUAACUGCAGAGAUCUUUUUUUUUUUUUUUUUUCUC